AUGUCCUCUUUCCAAGACCGUGCCCAGCAUUCCAUCGCCCAGCUCGAUAAGGAGCUCUCCAAGUACCCUGUCCUCAACAACCUGGAGAGACAGACCUCCGUCCCCAAGGUGUAUGCCAUCCUGGGUCUGGUUGGAGUCUACUUCUUCCUGGUCUUCUUCAACAUCGCUGGCGAAUUCCUCGUCAACUUUGCCGGUUUCUUGAUCCCCGGCUACUACUCGCUUCAGGCCCUGUUCACCUCGGGCACGGCGGAUGACACUCAGUGGCUGACGUACUGGGUUGUCUACGCCUCCCUGACCGUAGUUGAGAGUGCCAUCAACGCUGCCUACUGGUUCCCCUUCUACUACAUCUUCAAGUUCGUCCUGAUCCUCUGGAUGGCCCUCCCCCAGACCAACGGCGCCCAAGUUAUCUUCCACUCCUUCCUCCAGCCCGUGCUUGGCCGCUUCUUCUCCAGCACCGGCACCUCCGCGAACCUCCGCGCUGCGGCUGACGCUGCGAGCAAGCCGCACUCCACCUGA